AUGACAGAAGUCGAGACCAGCUCUAACUGCAGCUCUACAAAUUCUUCUCGUUCGACCGAGGAGAAGCAGGGGAAGUCUCAGAUGCCGAAAAUUCAGCUAGAACUUCGAUUGAAUCGCAAAAUGUGAGUUUAAUUAUAUUUCAGAAGGGUUCAAUAAAAAUUUUGGAGAGCUAAAUCUGUGGCGGAAGGUCGACUAGAAGAAAUCGGGAAGAUGUUGAGGAGCACGAAUAAAGUACUCAAUUGGAAGUCGUUUUUGCCUUUUAAGGCUUCUAGAGAUGGUGAUUCCGAGGAAUCAGAGUUGGAAAUUGAAGGUAUAUGAAUAUAAUCACAAGAAAAUAAAGUUUUGCAGAUUUGUUCGAAGAAGGAAUGUUGGGAACGACACAAAUGACCGAUGGAGCGCCAUUGACAGAAUUUCUUCACGAUUUUUCGGCCACCAGCAGCAACGUUCAUUUCUACAAGUUGAAUGACGAUGGACCUCUUUCUCAAAAUUUAUCAGGUUUUUGAAUUUUCAUGGAAAAUACGCGAGUUUCUGAAGGAAAUGACGAUUCCGAAGAAAUCGUGGGCUCACAAUUGUGGCAACUUCCCUGCGUCGAAUUUGAGCACAUAUAUGAGAAUUUGAUUUACGAUUCUCACUUGAAAAAUGAGGUUUUAUAUUUUUAUAAAAAAAUAAUUAGAAAAUGAUCAUUUUCAGUUAAUGUCCUAUGUAUACUCCUUGAUUCAUUUUUCGGAUCGAGGUGUAAAUUCGAAAAAUAAUCAACGUCAAUCGUCUCAUAUUACUUCUAGGUAAGAUUUUUUUGAAUUUUAUAGAAAUAUAUUCUUUUCAGGAUUUUUUUGUAGGGCAAAUGUAGGAGCAUAGGCUAUUUUAGGGAAUUUUUUUGAAGAGUAAAUUUAAAAAGGAAAAAUCACUCUUUUUUUCAUUUUAUUCUUUUUUUCAAAAUAAGAACAUCAAAUCGAUUAUAAUCUGCUUAUAGGAAAGGUUUUGGAAUUUACUGGAAUUAUUCUAUUUUUCAGGACUUUUUUUAUUAGGCUAAUUAAAAGAGCAUGGACAUGUUUAAAAAAAGUUUUCGAGGCGAAAAAAAUGUUUUUUUGAAUUGAGCGAAAAUUUGCAGGAAAAAUUCGCUUUUUUUAUUUCCUUUUUUUAUCCUAAAACAAAGUCAUGAAUUCGAGUAAUUAAUCUGUGUUCUAAAAUAGUUCCUAGAAAGGAAAAAAAAAAGGAAAAUUGACCUUUGUCUCAAAAUUUUUUUCAACUUUGGAUAUGCUCCUUUAAAUUCCUCAUCCAUAUACUUCAUUGAUUUAGUUGAAUUUCUCUAAAAAAACGAGAAAACAAAAAGUCGUUUUAGGACCACCAGGAACGGGGAAAAACGUCCCUGUGCAAAGGCUUGGCCCAACAUUUAUCGAUCCGAUUGAAUAAUCGAUAUUCCCACUCGGUUUUUGUCGAAAUCCACAGUCAUAGCCUAUUUUCCAAGUGGUUUUCUGAGGUUCUCAAAAUAUAUAAAAUCUUGAAAUCCUUUAAAAAAUUCAAGAGUGGAAAGCUGAUCCACCGGAUGUUCGACCAGAUCGAUGAGCUGGCCGAGGACAAAAAAUGCAUGGUUUUUGUCUUGAUUGAUGAGGUUUCUUUUGAAAAAGGCUCAUAAGAAUUCUAUCAAUUCAGGUUGAAUCUCUGGGAAUGUCCAGGGAAGGAAGUUCGUCGAGAUCUGAGCCGGCCGACGCGAUUCGAGCCGUCAAUGCUCUUCUGACCCAAAUCGAUCGAGUUCGAAGGUUUUUUUUAAUUCUUGAGCUUUAUAGGAAUUCCAGAGUGAUCCCUAUAUAUUUAAAAUCUGAACACUAAAGCUUAAGUGGUCCCUAUACGGGUGUUUUAGAUAUUUGUUCAGACUUCAAAGGUAAAAAGAAAAAUUUAAUAGAACAUGGUCGAAUAAUCCUUUUUUAAUGUUUUUCUGAUUAAAAAAACGCUAAUUUUUAAAUUUUUUUGCUUAGGAAUGCUUUAUAAAAAAAUAAUCGAUUAGCAUGUCUCCUAUAGAGACCAAUAGCAUGCUCCUUUAAUUAUAAUAAUUAUAUUUAUUCUAUUCACAAUGGAAAAUAGUCAUUGACAACUCGAAAGAUGGCUCUAGAGUGGUCACAUUUGCAAGAUUUAGAGCUCCUUUUAGGGAGAAUUAAGGUGGAUCCUAGAGGGGAAUCUUGGCUCCAAGGUUUUUACUAUAGGGGCCACUCUGAUGAGUAAGUGUUCACUCGAGCGGAACCAUUUUCUCUGAAGUGAUCACUUUAAUAAGAACGAAUAUAGGUAGGAAAAAAAAGUUUUGUCUGACCAUUACUAUGAGAAGCUUGAAAAUGAGGAUAUUUCAGUGCAAAUGCGUCUUGAAUGUUGCAAUACAGAAUUUUCGGAUCUUUUGGGAAUUAUCUAAGUCUCAGUAAAAGCUUGAGCGACGAGUUUCGUAUGAACAAUAUCCAAGGUAGUUGUGGUUCAGACGGCAGAACGUGCUGAUUCUGUGCACCUCGAACCUGGAAAAGUGCCUGGACGGGGCGUUGGUCGACCGCGCCGACAUGGUCCGACACGUCGGCGUUCCCAGUCUGUUCGCCUUGUACACGAUGCUCCGGAGUUGCAUCGAGGAGAUGCAAAGGGUGAGGAGAUAGGGAAAAAACUCUAGGAAGACGGAGAAAUUCUUUAAAAUUGACUGGGACACAUGAGCUGAAUGUUUUCACUUGAAAAGAUUUUCUCAGUACAAAAAUUGGCAUUUUGGAAGCGGUUUAAAGAAAUUGGGUCUUACAACGAGAUAGCAAAUUUUAGGAGACGAUUUUAGACUUUUUUUGGACAUUUUUUCAUGAAAAAUGACAUUUUGAAGUCAUCAAAAAGGCAGCAGCUGCAAAUAUCAUAGCUUGACUUGUUUUUCAUAUUUAUUUUGUUCGACUUGAAAAAAAAUUUCAUUUUUUUCCUUUUUUUCUUAUUGCGGUCAUGUGCGGAAUGAAUCGGAUUUAGUUUAAUUGAAAAAAGGUUUGAUUAAAGAUUGGCGUUGUCGAGGAGCUGGUCGAAGAGUUCUCCCCAAUCGAUGACGUCAUAACAAGGGUAAAAUAGAAGGAAAAUGAUAUUUAUUCAUUCAAAUUGUUCAAGGACCUGGAAGAUCUUCCGCCAAUCACCCAGGAACUCCUGAAAGUCGCCAGACUGGCCCGAGGUCUCAGUGGUCGGGCCAUCAGCAUGCUCCCGACCCUCGUCUUUUCCAGAUCUACUGAGGUUUUUGGAAUUUUAGCUAUAGAUCCUCAAAAACCAUUUUUUUUUCUUCUCUUUCUUUUUUCAGAGUAAUUUUCUCCAAAAAUGGGUACCUAAUGAAGUUAGGACUACUUAUUUUAGGACUAUGUGAAGUAAAAAAAAAGAUAAAAAAUUUUCGAAACUUUCAUUCACCGAAAAAAAAAGUAGAAAGUGCGCUCCACGGAUAAUUAUUCAAAUAUUUUGCUUGACUGACUUCUUGAGUUGUCAUUCUAGGGCUUUUAAAAGUUCGGACCUUGGUAACGCGAACGGGACGAGAAACGGACGUGUCGGCGCAUUUCUAGUGACCACUUUAGUAGCCUUAACGCUCUUAAGUGAUCCCUUGGAUCGCCCAGAAACGUCCGGAGCACGUCCGUUUCGCGUUACCACUGUCCGAGAGUCUUUUAGGGAACUAUCUACUCGAAAAAUUUUCUUGCUUCAGUAAUUGGUUUGGAAACGUGAAAAAGAUUGUUAUCAGUGGAGCACAAUUGCACUUGGUCAAUAAAAUUUUUUUUGACUUCAUCAUUUGCUUUUUUUGAGAUUUCUAAAACGAGACUUACUCUUUUUUAAUUUUUUGGCUUUCUUUUUUAUUACAUAAAUUUCUUUAGGAGGUUCUACCAAUGUCGACAUGCCUCCGGUUAUUCCAAGAAGCCAUCACCGAAAAGACGGAACGGCUCAAAAAUUCCAAACAACACUGA